AUGGCGGAGCACAAUGUUUUAUGGGGCGCGGCGGAGAAGGCUGGAUCGGGUAGACGCGUGGGGCCAGGCUCGGGAAAUACUGCGACUGGUUCGGGAAUAGGUCUGGGAAAGCACCGCAGGUAUGUGUCGGUGGACGUACGGCGGGGAACGGAGGAGGACCUAUAUGACGUGGCAGUCUUCGAUAGGGUGGACGAAGAACCAAUGCCAGGGAAACGCGGGAUGGCGGGGGGACGUAGAAAGGGGGGAACCAACGCGCCGAGCGCGGUGAGCGCAGGAGCAAAGGGGGGACGGGGAAUGGGGGAUUGGGACGAGGCUGCGGAUUGGGAGGAGGAAGAGGAGGAGGCAGGGGAGGAGCAAUACGACGACAGCGAAGGCACGAGCACGCAUCUAAAUCAGCAGCAGCAUCGCUACAAAUCCGCUCGUUCCCUCCCGUUGACCGUAGCACGGAGGAUAGGUGUUCCCGCCAAUAGCGAUUCGAAUGCUGAGCCUCCCCUAGGCCCCGCGGAUGGCGCUUCCGCCUCCUGCCACGUGUCCUAUGGACCUUCCGCUUCUCUCCCCCCCCUCCGCUCGUACCACUCCGGACACGCCCCACUGCACGGGGGGAGAGGGCUGGACAGGGGGGAAGCGGGGGAGGGGGAGUUUGUUGGCGGAAGCAAAGGAUGGGGGGAAGAGCGGCGAGGGGGGAGGCGUCCGCGUACUGGGGAAGGUCGCGCAGUCGGGGAGGAGCGUUCAACGGGGAAAAGCCGCGGGGCGGGGUAUAACACGGAGGAGGCAUGGGGGCGUGGAGCGUAUUGGGAGGGGAAUAGGGAGCGGGUCGGAAAAGGGCAAGUAGAGAGGUGGCGGGACGAGCGGCAAGAUCAGGGGAAAGUGCGGAGGCACGAGCGGAGGGGGGCAGAGGGGAUGGGACGUGGGCAGGUAGCGAGGCGGCAUGGAAGAAGCGGAAGCAUUGCGUGUAGUGCGGAGCUGAGGGGUCUGUCUUUGGAGCAAGAACUGGUUGAGGAAAUGAUGCAGCAGCAGCAGCAGCAGGGCGGCAGGCAGACACGGUUACCAGUGCAGCACAAGGAGCAGCAAGAGCAGCAGAAGCUGCAGCUGCAGGAAUGGCAGAAGCAGGCGGGGGCGGAGGUGGCGCAAGAAAGAAGCAGGUUGGCGCAUGCGCGCAGCAUGGGCGCAGCUGUCGCGGGGGGGGAGGGCAAGCUGCAGCACGUGAUGCAGUGGCUGGCGAGCGCGCAGGGGCACGCGGAAGAAGGGGGGGAUAUCGGCGGGGAGGAGAAGGAGGAGGAAGAGGAGGAGGACGGUGGGGCAGCAAUGCAGGCAGAGGCGGCAGAGGGAGAGGGUGCGGGAGAGGGGGCACGGGAGGUUCCUAUUGGGGUAGUGGACUCGUACCGACAGAAGUCGCGUGUGCGGUGGGUGGUGGAGGGCGAGAGUGACGGCAACAGCAGCAGCACCAGGAGCCCUGGGGGCGGAGGAGCGAGGCCCGGUGGGAUUCGCGCACGGGGUGGCUCUAAAAAGGGAGACGCGAAGGGUGGUGGAGGUGGCGCGGAGGAGGACGAGGAGGAGGAGGAGGACGAGGAGGAGGAGGACGAGGAGUGGAGCAGCAGCGGUGAGCAGCAGUGCCCAGACGACUUGCGCCGGGCGCGCUCGUUGAUCCAAAACCGAGGGCGGUCCCUGAGAGAAGCAGUCCUGGAGGAGCCCUCUCGACCGCAGACAGCAGGGCGGGUGAACCCCCGCCGCCACACGCGGUUCAGAGUAGGACCAGACCUGCAGUUCCAGGGGCACGCGCAGGAACAUGAACAGGGGCAGGAUCGGAGGCUGGGGGGUGUGCAAUCCAGAAGCUCUUUGCCUCCCAAGGAGCAGCAGGAAGUGGAGGAGGAGGAGGAGGAGGAGGAGGAGGAGGAGGAGGAGGAGGAGGAGGAGGAGGAGGAGGAGGAGGAGGAGGAGGAGGAGGAGGUGGUGGUGGAGGUGGUGGAGGUGGUGGUGGAGGUGGUGGAGGGGUUGAGGACGGGAGCAGCAAGGCAUCCGCGUCCUCGUCCGUUCGCUGGAGGUGGCCCCUCUGGUCGCGUCUCCUUCUGGCGUUCCGCCCUUGGCCUCAAAAGCUCCGCCGCUGCCGCCGCUGCCCAUGCUGCUGCUGCUGCUGCUGGUGGUGGUGGUGGUGGUGCUGCUGCUGUGGAUGGCAGUGGUGGGAUUGGUCGUACCAGAACCGAGAAUGGGGGAGAUGGAGAGGGUGGGGCAAGCACAGCAGGAGGGGUGUCAGGAGGAGGCGCUGCAGCAGGAGCAACAGGGCCUUUGGCUGCUCCCUCCCCUGCAUCCGAGAAAAGCCGCUCGUUGAGCCCGCUGCUUGCGAGCAAAGGAGGAGGGGCAGCAGGAGCAGGCAGGUCUGGAGGGACAAGGGACGUCGCAGCAGUGGAAAGCAGAGGGUCAAGAAGUGGGGAGCGCGUGAGAAGGCGGAUGACGGGGGAAGAAUCGCCUGCAGCAGGAGCAGGAGCAGGAGCAGGGAGGAGUUCUGGUGCUGGAGGGGCAGUGCAAUCAGCUACUCGUUCCCCCAGCCCGGUGGCGUCAGGGCUGUUCGGGUUCAUGCGAUCUCCAGCAAAGGCAGCAGCUCGCAGUAGGGGGCGGUCGCUGGAGUGCCUGCCGAGAAGAGCUAAUAACGAGGAAGGUACGAGAGGCGGAGUGAGAGUGUCAUGGCGACCCCUGCAAGGAGGGGACGAGGGAGUUGGGGGGAGGCGGAAGUCGGAGGGAGAGAGGUGGGAGGCAGCAGAAGCGAGGAGCGCAAGCGUGGGGAAGAGGGAAGGUGGGAGAGGGGCGAGAGCGCAGCGAGUAGGGGUGAGUGUGAGUGGAAGUGAGCCUGGGGACAUUUACCCUGUGGUGCAUCGGGAAGGCGGUGAGAUGGGUGUGGUGGAAGGUAUGGGGAAUGGGGAUGCGUGGGCAUACAACCGCGGCGGGAACAAACCGGAAGAGGAGGAGGAGGAGUGGGGAGAGGAGGAUGAGGGGUUGUUUGAGCGGGCGAACAGCGACCGGAUGGGAAGGCGUGGCGGGUUGGGGAGUGGUGGUGCUGGUGUGAGUCAAGAGGCGUGGAGGGAAAAGGAGGAGGGUAAGGGGUCGAGGAAAGGGGGUAGCAAGAGCAGAGGCAGCAAAGGGGCGAAUAGGACUGGGGAGUGGGUAGAAGGGGGAGGUGGUGGCGGCGGCGGCGGCAGCAGCAGGAAAGGUGUGAUUUUUGAGUCGACUCAGAAAGUGGGGAAAGUGGGGAGAGUGGGGAAAGCGGGAAAAGAGGAGCAGGAGCAGGAGCCAGUUGCAGUUAUGGACUUUACAGAGAGCUCACUGCCGGUGGCGACUGUCAUAAUGUCUCACUCGUCUGUCAGUGCGGCUUCCCUUGCUGCCCACCUCCCUGUUGCUGUGCCCGUUGACAUGGCUGUGGAAGCUACCUCCUUUGCUGAUGCAACCGCCUCCGCUGCUGCUCCUGCUGGUCGUGGUCCGGAGGAAGGCGACGCGUCCACGCCAGAGGGUCGGCAGAGCGCGAGCCUGUACGAGCGCGUGUUUGGGCUGUGUGUGAACGUGCUGGGAGGGCCGUUUGAGGACGUGAAGAGCAAGUACUUGCUGCACAAGAAGGAGCUCGGGGAGGGGCGUUUUGGGCGUAUUCGCCUGUGCGAGAGCAGGGAGACAAGGGAGAAGGCGGCGUGUAAAACCGUCAGCAAGAGGAACCUGCGCUGUCAGGCGGAUGUGGAGGACCUACGGAGGGAGGUGCAGAUUCUGCGCAUGCUCAAGGACCAUCCCAACAUUGUCAAGCUCUUCCACGUCUUUGAAGACGCCGAGGACGUGCACAUGGUGAUGGAGAUGUGUGCGGGGGGGGACCUGUUCGACCGCGUGAAGGCGCGGCUCUUCUACCCGGAGCGCAAUGCAGCGCGGGUGGUGGCGGAGGUGGUGGGCGUGGUGCAGCACUGCCACCGCCUGGGCAUCGUGCACCGCGACCUCAAGCCCGAGAACAUCCUGCUGCUCAACCCCCACUGCGACGUCUCGCUCAAAGUCAUUGACUUUGGCAUCUCGGGGAUGCUUUCUCCCGGUGAGCAAUUCAACGAGCGCAUCGGAUCGCCUUUCUAUAUGGCGCCAGAGGUAGUCCAACGAUCCUACGGGUGCGAGGCGGACAUCUGGAGCGCGGGGGUCAUUCUCUACAUCCUUUUGUGCGGCCGCCCGCCAUUCUGGGCGCCCACCACGGAUGGGGUGUAUGAGAGCAUCAAGGCGGGGCGCCUCAACUUCUCCUUCCCCCCGUGGCCCUCCGUGUCUGCUCACGCCAAGGACCUUGUGGCGCGCAUGCUCACGGUCGAUCCGCGGAAACGGGUCACAGCUGAGGGGAUUCUCGCCUUCGCAGCAGAGGAAUUGGAAUAA